AGCAAGCUAAAGCAGGUGAUGUUUUGGUUAGAUGUUGUUCGUUAGUUCUGCUUGACAUGGGUUACAAUUAAGGUUUGUGACCUCGUCUUUGUCUUUCAAGGAAACGACAUGAAGCUGUGAACUUCUGUUCGUCUGUUGAAAAAGAUAGCACAAUCAACAAACCGAGGAAAAAAUGGCAGCACCGUCUUCGUCGUCCUCUUCAGCGUUCGCAAGAUCUCCGCUCAAAGAUGCGCGUGGGUCGUCGGCUGCUCAAGAGCUAAUCAGUACACAACAACUGCAAGGCCAUGAACGUGCUGCAAGUGGUGCACCAGUAGGAGGAAGGUCCUCAAACGGGUCCUCCGGGAUCUUAGGGGCACAGCGCCCUCGCGUUGCUGGCAUAGGUUAUGCAGUAAGAAUGUUCGACCGGAUUCAACAAGACAAUGUGCGAUGGGACUGCGAUAAAAUGUGGAGACAAAAGUUAUGCCAUCACCACCCGCUUGGUAGUUUCUACCAAAAAAAGCCUCGAACACUAGGUUCUAGGUAUCACCAGGUUGCUAGCAUCUAUCAAAUUCAAAAAAUGUUUAGUAAACAGCUUCGAGAUGUACAAAAAAUGAUCACGGAUUUGUAUUAGGGUUUUCGCCUCAUCUUGUCUGAAUGAAACAAGAGGAACAAGCAAGUUCUCCUCUCUAAUAAGAGAGCUGAAGGCGGAGAUGGAUGAGCGACAUAAGCAUGGCCGAAGGAGAAACGGUGAAGACUCCGAGAUAGACUCAGAGGAUUCGGAUGACUAUGCGCGCGCUCGCGCCGAGCAGCAGGCUUUGAAGCGUAGACAACUCGCUAAGGAAGGGACGAGAGACCGCAGUGGCCGUGAAGAUGCGAGUUCGUCUUCUUCUUUCGCACACCGGCAACGCGUCAAAUUUCAAGAAAAACCGCAACGAAGUAAAACGGUAGCCGUACCGGAGGAAUCUCCGAGGAGAAGUAAGCGGUACUCAUCGCCGACGUGGAGAAAUGAGGACAUCGACAGCUACGACGGACGCCCUCCGAAGAAUGCGCUAUCGCGGAAGAAGAAAAUGCGGAAACAGAGAAAUAAAAAAGAGCGAGAGUCGUGGGAUGAAAAUACGAGUCAUGAUGAUGAUGCGCCCGUCGCUGUCAAGCGGAGGAGUCAGCCUCGUCGGAGAAACAGCAGAAGCAGAGACCGUAGCACAAAACGCAAGCGGAAAAACAAGGAGCGCGAGAGGCACACCGCCUUCCGCUCGAGUUCGUCCGAAUCUCAAUUCUCUUUUUCGAGCGCAUCCUGUUCGCGAGCUCGGACACGACGCAGGAAGGACAGACAGAAAAGUAGAAGCAAGAAACGACGACGACACAGAAGCGUUAGCGCGUCUAGCAACAGUGAGUUUGAGCAUGAUGCUCGCAAAAGAACAUCAAUAAAGAAGCAAAAAUAACGGAUCGACGAUACCUAAUGACCCUUUUCCACACGCUUUCAGAUCAUGCGCAAUUCUUGUCCUUUAUAUCCGAAAACUGUCCUUUUUAAUUUCAAGCACAUCUUCAGCAUCGCAUCCGCAUGAC